AUGUCGUCCUCUUUUCUUCUUCUUCCACGCGAAGUCCGUGACAUCAUCUACGAUUAUUAUGUCUGUUGCGAUGGCGGAUAUGUAUACGACUUCGAAGGGAACAAGCUCGUGCAAGCUAAUGGGAACCACAUUGAGCUAGCACUCCUCCGAACUUGUCACCAGGUCGCCAGAGAAAUGAAUGGGCUCGCCUUGCCUACGAACACGAUUACUUUCUCGACCUUCUUCUCAGAAAAAACGCGCGGAUCAGCUGGCCAAUUUCAUGCCGCCAUAUCAAGACAAAAGCAGGGCAAGGACAUGUUUAUCGAAUUUUUGGGUUACAAGUUAUAUACGCCUCAAAUGGCAACAGUGGCAACAGCACGGUAUCCCAUGUUCGAGCCGUACAUCACUUCCCUGGCGUCGCAAUCAGGACCUUUUUUUCGUCCACGAAAUGGGAAUCCCUACGGCCAGCCGCCGUCCUUAUGGAGAGAAUUCGCCGAAUUCGCAGCCGGGGCAGAUAUUAGAAUACGAAGAGGCCAAAACAUUUCUUGUUUUGCGCGAAAGGACUACGAGUUCGGGUUGGCGUUCCCAGAAGAACAUGCUAGGGGACUCAUACCAUUUUGCGUGGAAAAUGCAAAGUUACGCGUGGAGCGUUAUGUCAGCUUGUGGCAGAAUGCUUUGCCUGUCGCACGACAACUUGACUAUACCGGCGUGGACCUCGGCUGGUUACGUUGGGUUACAGACCGAAGUGACAGCGAUAUGCACCUUUCGGAUCCUGAAUGGUUGCGCAACGACAAACUCGCAGCUCGAGAUAUCACAAAGUCCAUCGGAACCUGGAUUGUAGAAGCUCAUCGCUUGCCUUCACUCGGAAUGCCUGAAGGCUCAUACACGCUUGUAUUCGACGGAGGUCCAAUGCCAGAGAAAAGUACUGCGGCAUUUGCUGUUGUUCAACGAGAUGCGGUGUGGCAGGCCGCCUUUACUACCAGGUUCCCUCGUGGCUCAACGCCCGAACACCCAUGGUUAAACAUGUGUGCUCAACCUGGCUACUUUUUCGAAUCGCUGCCUGACGCGAUUCGACAUAUUACAACAACAAGCUCAUUGAUAAGGUGCAACUUUGAUCCUGGGCAGCUACAUAUUGAUAGUGCGAAAGCUCUGGCUGACGCGCGAGUUGGAUGGUCGUUGGAAAGAUGGCAAGAUGACUGGGAUACUCACGAGCCACGGGAAUUUGAAACCGAGUCGCCGUUGCCGCCGUGGUACAAGCUUCGAUGGCAGCGCGUCAUGCCGGUACUUUGA